AUGAUGAGCCACCCAUGUAUGAAAAGCCUUCUCUUCCUCCUGUCCACCUUGUGCCUUUGUUCCAGCCAUUCCGCAUCUCGUCCGAUGCGUUUCUCUGCCUACCUAGACCCCCUGCAGCAGUUCCACCUACAAUGGGACCACGAUUCCAAGGAGAUGAUAACCUUUGAGCUUCACGUCCAGUCAACUGGCUGGGUGGCGUUUGGCUUCACCACUCAUGGAGAGCUGCCUGGGGGAGAUGUUGUGAUUGGUGGAGUCCUUCCCGAUGGCAACAUGUAUUUCUCGGACUGGCACAUUGUGGAUGAGGAGACCAUCGUAGAGGAUGAAAGCCAAGACUAUCAAUUGUUGUCAAUGACCGAAGACAAGACUUCCACCACCAUAACAUUCCGGCGCUACUUCCAGACGUGUGAUGCUCAUGACCAGCCUAUCACGGGCGAUACACUACGAGUGAUCUCAGGUUUUGGCCCAGAUGACACGAUUGAUUUCUUCAAAGGAAAGCUGAUCAAGAGAUCUCUGUUCUUCCUGUUAUAUUUAGACGAAGCUCACUUAAACACGCCCAGCGUCUACCAUAUAUAUGAUCUCAAGCUAGAUGAUUUCGCCAUUCCAGAGGACGACACCACGUAUGCCUGCACUUUCAUCCCACUGCCCAGAGUCAAGACAAAACAUCACAUCUACAAGUUUGAGGCCGUCAUCACGCCGCGGAACGAAACCAUGGUGCAUCACAUCCUGGUUUACGCCUGCGGCAACGCGAGCGUGCUGCCCACUGGGGUGAGCGACUGCUAUGGAGCCGAACCGGAAUUUUCCCUCUGCUCCCAAAUCGUCGUGGGCUGGGCCGUAGGAGGAGGGUCCUACAUGUUCCCAGAUGAAACUGGAAUCUCCAUAGGCACACCACGGGAUCCCCAGUGGAUCCGGUUAGAAGUCCACUACAGCAAUUUCGAUUUAAUCCCAGACCUAAUCGACAACUCAGGGAUAAGACUCUACUAUACCCCGGAGCUGCGUCCGUACGACAUGGGGGUGCUACAGACCGGGCUCUACACCUUUCCCAUCCAUUUCCUCCCUCCAGGAGUAGAGAGUUUCAACUCCUAUGGACUCUGCAAUACCAGUCAGUUUGACGAGCUGAACGGGACCCCGGUGCCCGAUAUGAAUGUCUUUGGUUACUUGCUCCACACUCACUUGGCUGGAAGAGGGGUGAGAGGAGUCCAGUACCGGGAUGGCAAGCAGUUGCGAAUCCUCUGCGAAGACAAUAAGUAUGAUUUCAACCUUCAGGAGACGAGAGGCUUGAAGGAAGUCGUCACUUUAAAAACGGGAGAUGAGUUCUUGGUGGAAUGUCGCUAUCAAACACUCGAUCGGACAAGCCUGACAUUUGGCGGGCCAAGUACCCUGAACGAAAUGUGCCUGGCGUUCCUCUUCUAUUACCCUCGCAACAACAUCUCCAGCUGCAUGGGAUACCCGAGCAUUCAAUACGUCGCCCAGGAACUUGGUCAGACAGCGGCAGACGCAAUGGAAGGGAUGAUGGCCAUUAACUUGGUAGACUGGGACAACGAAACCGCCAAAAAAGCGGAGAAGGCGUGCAAAGAAGUGGAUCAAGUUGUCAUCCUUAAAACUAUUGAUGAGGUGGUCGUCAACGAAACUGGCUUCAUUCGAGAUAUCAUUGACACUGAACCAGCCCCCUGCAAAAAUAUUUUCAAUAAUGACCCUACAUCUGAGCCAGAAAUGCAGGCCAGGUACCAGGCGGCCACAACAUCCAAUGCCCUCGACCCCAAAGCCACCCUACCGUUUCCUACUUCGCUGUUCGUACACUUGGGUUUUACUUGGCUCCUUACUUUCUCCCUGUUUGUAGUCUGA